AUUCCAAUGUUCGAUUGUUUUUAAAAUGCCUGCGGUUAUAAGUAAAGAACUAUUUUAUGAAAAAGUAAAAUAUGACACAUCAUGUGACAUAUUCCAUGCUUGGUGCCAAGAUUGCAGAGCAGCUAGCUUUUCUCAAAUAUGGUUGACAGAACUCUUUACAGGAUUGGGAAAAUUUUUCUUACCUAUUUAUUUAAUUAAGCUAAUUUAUACCUACAAAAGAAAUGAUCUGAAAACUCUUCUUCUCAAUCUAGUCAAAUCUGAACUGAGGAGCAUUGCUUAUGGGUUAGCAAUGGGUACUUUACUGGUGUCAUCCAUUUGCUUUUUAAGGUUUAUAUUCGGCAGGAUUUAUUAUUACAAUGUAGCCUUGAUUCCUGGGUUCUUUUCUGGUUUGUCAAUACUUGUAGAAUCUGAAGAAAAUCAAGUUCUUGACACCCUGAUAUUCUUCAACUCGUUCGUAGAGACUAUACUGAGGAGGAUGCGUCUAGAUAAAUUGAUGGAAACAUUACUUUUCAUGGGAGUCAGCGGUACACUGAUGCAUUUGUUAGAGCAAAGAUCAACUGUCAAAAUGGAAUUCACACAUCUUUGGUUUUACGUACCUCCCAGUAAAAAUCUAUCGGAUAAGGAUAUUGAAGAUCUUAGUGAUAGCUGCGUUGCCGCCGCUUAUUUACAAACUGAUUUGUUCAGAAGUUUUUUGAAAUAUUUCUCAUUAGGCUAUGGAAUCAACUUCGUCAGGAAAAUGAUACCAAAAGUCGGCAACAUUUUGAAAAAGCCAUCCGAGUUACUGAAAGUUUUAUUUAACAAAUCGAACGCUUACUUUGGAUUGUUCAUAGGAAGUUAUGUAACCAUUUACAGAGUACUGACGUCUAUCUUUUCCAAAAAUCCCAUCGUUGGCGAAAAGUAUCAUGGAUUUGUAGCAGGCCUAUUAUCAGGCAUUUCCUAUAGCAUUUCGCCCAAUCUACAAGUAUUAGUGAUUGCAAUCACAACAUCAUUACAGAUGAUAUACGCAUGUUUUUGCAAGAAAAUGAAAAUAACUAAUCACUAUUGGCAAAGGUUCUUCGUGUAUGCACUGACUCAUGGAAUAAUGAUACAUAACAAGUUUUUUUAUCCAGAUACUUGUUCCCCGUACUAUAAGAACAUGAUUGAUGCUUGUACUAAUAACGUGUCGAAAAAAAUAUACGAACAUCUGCUGACGAAGUUUUUUCUCGUUUAGUAUUGGUAUAAAAUAAUAAAAUAAAACAAUUGCAUGACUAAGAACUAGAUUUUAUUCAAUAGAGAAUAUCUUCUUCGAGGAGAAUACUGUCAUCGAAAGCAGUGAGUAAUUGUACUGGCAUUACAGAGAAAAAACUGUGAACACAUAGGAAAUAAUAUACAUUUUUAAUUAAUACUUAUAUCCGAUUAUUCUCCAAUAGAUUGGAAUUAUUUGUCCCAGACUCUGUGUCUCAUUUAAAAAAUUUUUUUGAAGUGCCUUUUCUUUUAAUAAAUUUGUUGGAUCCAGCACUGUGGUGAGUGUAUAAAUUUUUUCAAGGCAAGAGAAAAGUGAGUUCGAAAGAAACAGAACUACUGAUGAACGAUCCUAACAAAAAGUGAAAGUUUACCUACGCCUUUCAUUACUGUUGAAACCACAGACUAACAAUAAUUUAAUAUUAAUUGUUGGGUAAUACAUGAUUGAUGAGAUGUAAUAUUUAUUAUUCAAUACUCAUGAAUGAAACAGUGUCGUAGUGAAUCAUUUCUACAAAGAUAACGGUCCAUCAAUCAGUUAUUUAAAUGAACAAAUAGAGACCUUUAGUUAAAAAUUCAGUUGUUUAUGUACAGGGUGUCCCGUAAAAACCACGUCAAACCUAGGGAGAAUGUAGAUCAAAGGAUAAACCACCUGCUAUGACAAAAUUCCCUCCAUAAAAGUCUUACCGUUUUCGAGAUAUUUCUUUGUUGAAAAUAUUGUAUUUUUGCCCCUUUCAAUAGUUUGGUCUACACGGUUGGUACAAUUUGACACCUUUUCGAUUCAUUUCCUCGGUAAAUAUUGCUGAAAGAAUAACUUUAACGUAUACAUUGAAAACAUCCUCCGAACAUUUUGAAGAGGGGCUGUGAGAAAUAUUUUGAUUGAAAAUUUGGGUAGUGAAUAUUUUCAACAACAAAAAAUCUCGAGAACGGUACAUUUUCCUUAGGUUUGACGUGGUCUUUACGGGACCUCUGUAGGUACGUCAAAUUUUCUAAACUCAAGCAAGAUGAGGACAUACUGAAGGUAUUUUCUUGUACUGAGUGUUUUACUACUAGAAGACAAGUUGUAUAAUCUCUGAGUUGGUCUAGAAGGCAUUUUUUCAAACUGUUUGCAUCCCACAGUCAGUAUGAUGUAAUACUUCAGCAGUAGAUCACAUGAUAAUAAUCACUCAAACUUUUUUUCUCAUUUUUUGUUGAAGAAUCUAAUGCUCUAUAAGCACUGAUUUCACGAAUCCCCAUUGACAUAGGAAAUUUCAUAUGCAUAUAAAGCCUCAACUUUUCCUCACACACACACUAAAGGAACACUCUCUGAAAAUUCAACGUAUGUCUUAGCACUAUCCCCACUUUUACUGUCUAAACUCCAAUAAUUGAUCUCACGAAACAGUUUCCUAAUUCCUCCCCAACUUGUUGUUGUUGUUGUUGUUGUUUCCGGAGACUGGAAUUGCACCAGGUGGCAAAUUCGGGAAAUCCUGCCUUUGGUCCUGCCGAUAGUCCUGCUUACCCUUGUUGUUAGGAUUAUUCUUGGGCACAUUAUCAAACUCGUCUUCCUCUUGGGGUGGUGGUGGAACAGUACUUGGUAUGUCACAAUCCUCGGUUGGUGGUACCACGCAC